AUGUUGGAUGACGCUUCAAGACCCCACAGGCGCACCGCACUUGUUGCCCACGAGCUUGGCAAAUACAACAUCGACAUUGCUGCCCUGAGCGAGACCCGUUUCUCAGGAGAGGACUCGCUCACAGAAGUUGGGAAAGGAUACACCUUCUUCUGGAAGGGCCUUCCAGAAGACACCCGACGACUACACAGAGUUGGCUUUGCCGUAAGAACCAAACUCCUUCGUAACAUCCCAGAAUCACCCCAGGGAAUCAGCGAAAGACUAAUGACCUGGCGCAUUCCACUCGCCAAGGGCCGCUUUGCUACCCUCAUUAGUGCAUACGCACCAACCCUGGUUGCAGACGAUGGUUUAAAGGAUGCAUUUUAUGAGGUCCUAGACAGUAUACUGUCAAAAACACCUUCCUCCGACAAAAUCAUUCUUAUGGGAGACUUCAAUGCCAGAGUGGGCACCGACAAUCUACUCUGGCAAGGAAUUAUUGGAAAACAUGGCAUAGGCAACUCAAACAGCAAUGGCCUAAGGCUUCUCUCACUCUGUGCUGAACAUCAAUUGAUCAUCACCAAUACCAUAUUUCAGCUGAAAAACAAGCAUAAAACAUCAUGGAUGCACCCACGAUCUAAACACUGGCAUCUACUCGACUACAUAAUCACUCGUCAACAGGACCAGCAUGACGUGUCCAAAACUCAGGCCAUGCGUGGCGCUGAGUGUUGGACAGACCAUCGUCUAAUCCGCUCAAAAUUCCAGUUAAAGAUCCGCCUCCAGUCCCCUGAUGCCCUGGCGAGUUACCGCUGGAAACUCUAUGAAGGUCUCUCCACCCCCCAAGCUAGCAACCCCUGCAGCAACACCCUCAACAUUGAGCGUGCCUGGGCUAACCUCAGCUCAGCCAUACACACAGCUGCAUCUGAAUCACUAGGCCUCGCCAAAAAACACCAUCAGGACUGGUUUGACAGCAACUCUGCUGAAAUUCAACAUCUCUUGGAAGCAAAACAUAAGGCUUAUACUUCCCAUAUCUCAAACCCACAGUCCUCCUCCCUCCUCUCACGGUGGAAAGCCAUCCGUGCGGAGACCCAGAGGCAGCUCCGAACCAUGGAGAAUGAAUGGUGGCUCAAAAAGGCUCAUGAGAUCCAAGCCUUUGCAGACUCCAAUAACACUCACGCCUUCUACCAAGCAGUCAAGUCACUGUAUGGACCACAAAGACAUGCCAUCUCCCCAAAUCAAAACGCACAUUCCAGAGAGAAGCACAACGACAGCGCAGGCAUCACCAUGCGCAACAACCCCUAG